AUGAAGGGUCUCAAGAAAGCAAUGAACCUCUCGAGGACGAAGUCGAGCGAUACAAAGAACAAGACACCCUCCCCUUCCAACUCCAAACCUACCCCUCCCGUCCCCUCCAACGCGUCACCCGGCCCUUCCUCACCAAUGGCCUCCUCACCCGUCAACCGUACCAUGCAAACCCCCUUCGGCGGCUCUGGCAACCCCAACGGGAACGGCGAGCCCUCCUCCCUCGCUCCUCAACAACCCAUCACACCCCGCAGAUCGCCCGUCGGGGAGAAGACAUCCCCCGCUCCCCCUCUUGUCGUCAUUUCCGGCGCUCCCCAGGCCUCGAUGGUACAGUCCGAGAUGCCUGCCGACCCUCUGCCCCACUCUCCACAUGGACGGGGCUUUGGCAGUCCUGAGCGAAUGCUCGGACCGGACGGGCAGCCGACACCACCGAAAGCGGGUCCGCUGAAUCGGCUCAGGGGGACGCCGAAGGAUACGAUCCCGAUUGUAGGCAAGACGCCGAGGAAGCAGAGGAGUAGCAGAUUCUACGUGUCGGAGAAGGUGGAUAUUGAGAAGCUGCCCGGGUUUGACGAGGUCAGACCAGAGGAGAAGACGGAAUUGUUCAUCCAAAAGCUGCAGCAAUGCCGCGUCGUCUUUGACUUCAACGACGCGAGCUCGGACCUGAAUGGAAAGCAGGUCAAGGCGCAGACACUGCAUGAGAUGCUCGAGUACAUCACGCAGUCGAGGGGGGUUAUCACGGAGGCGAUCUAUCCCGAGGUGGUUGGCAUGUUCGCCACCAAUCUGUUCAGAUCUAUCCCUCCGCAGGUCAACCCCACCGGCGAUGCAUAUGACCCGGAAGAGGAUGAGCCUGUACUGGAACUCGCCUGGCCCCACCUCCAGAUCGUUUACGAGUUCUUCCUGCGCUUCGUCGAGUCGGUGGACUUCAACACCAACGUCGGCAAGCGAUACAUUGACCAGAACUUUGUCCUCUCCCUCCUGGAACUGUUCGAUAGCGAAGACCCCCGGGAGCGCGAUUUCCUCAAAACAACCCUCCACCGGAUCUACGGUAAAUUCCUCAACCUCCGCGCCUUUAUUCGCCGCUCCAUCAACAACGUCUUUUUCCAAUUCGUCUACGAGACGGAACGUCAUAAUGGUAUCGCCGAGCUCCUCGAGAUUCUCGGUUCCAUCAUCAACGGUUUCGCCCUUCCGCUCAAGGACGAGCACAAGUCCUUCCUCACCCGCGUCCUUAUCCCCCUGCACAAGGCCAAAUCGCUCGCGCUGUACCAUCCCCAACUCGCCUACUGCGUGGUGCAGUUCCUCGAGAAGGAUGCGGGGUUGACGGAGGAGGUCUUGUUGGGCUUACUGCGGUAUUGGCCCAAAGUCAACAGUCCGAAGGAGGUCAUGUUCCUCAACGAGGUGGAGGAGAUUUUGGACGUGAUUGAGGGGAAUGAGUUCCAGAAGAUUAUGGUGCCCCUCUUUACGCAGCUGUCGAGGUGUAUCAACAGUCAGCACUUCCAGGUGGCUGAACGAGCACUUUACUAUUGGAACAACGAAUACAUUGUCAAUCUCAUGUCCGAGAAUAUACACACGAUCCUCCCUAUCGUCUUCCCGCCAUUAUACAUCAACUCCAAGACGCACUGGAAUAGAACAAUACACGGCAUGGUCUACAAUGCGCUGAAGCUGUUCAUGGAGAUCAACGCGGAGUUGUUUGAGCAGUGUCAGAAUGGGUACAAGGAUCAGCGGAAAGCCGAGUGCGACCGGGCGAUAGCGCGCUACGAAGAAUGGCUCGUCCUCCGCGAAAAGGCGAUCGCAAAUCAUCGCGCUAGCGGAUCGACCGAACCCCUGCCUAAAUCCCUGACGACCGAACCCCCACCCCGGCCCGAUGCGUAUGUGGACGAGGGCGCGUGCGAUGUGUCGGUGGAUAUGAUGGCGAAUGGGUUCGAUAUCAGCGAGAGCUUCACGAUGGACAAGAGUCAGGCGGAUGAGGUUGUUCCGGUGGCGGAUCCUGGGAUCGAGGCUAGGACAACACCGACAGCGCCGGCACCGCCUACUCUUGGGGGACCACCGAUGCUGGGCGGCCCUGUUGGAUUGGGGAUACAUCAGAACGCCGCAUCGCCAUCCCCUACGGGUAGUCCUGCCAAUCCACACGUCAGACGGAAGUCGACUCUCCCGAUGGAUCCCCAGGUGAUGCGUGAUCUUCAGGUAAGCUCAUCAACUCCUCUACGAGAAUUGGGCACGGAGCUGAUGCGGUAG